CAGCGAGAGGAAUUUCCCAGAAUGCACUUGUCAUUACCUAAGAAGUACACAGUCGUGUCGCUGUUUGACAAAUGCUGUGCUCUCACAGCGGCCCCCCUUCACUCUCUAGUCUGCUGUUCUUCUCGGUUUUAACGCUAUUUCUGCUGUCUGUAGAUGAAAAGAUCUCUCCCUUUUCCUCACACACCUGCACGACCACUAGAUGGACCUCAUUCCUUAUAAACUACAGCUUCACCAUCCCGCUCAGCAGCGCUCUGUGGCUUUGCCUGUUAUUGAUCCCAUAGUUCAGCUGUAAUUUCCCACACUCUUUGGCCUCUAACAGUUUUAAAGCUACCUUUUUCAUAGGUCUUUAUCUUUAGAGUUACAAGAAGGCUUGGAAAAGGUCUUAAAAACCUUCCUGCAUUCUUCAGCGUGCGCUCGAGUUUGCCGUAGGCCAGGAUGGCUGCCCGUCUUCUCCGAUCCAUGGCCCCGCGCGUAUCCAUGGCCCUGCUCCAAUGCAGUCGUUCCCAUAAGUCCGCAAGGCCGCUCCUAGCACUGAUUCCACCCACUGCGCUAGCCUGAGUGGUAGGAGGGUGUUUUAGCAGGCGGCUCCUGUCUCGCCGCUGUUUCUGUUCUCCCAGCAGCAUCGGCCGCAGCCAUGUCCGGGUUCAAUCUACUGCAUCUGGUCAGCCAAGGCCAACCUGUAAAACUCAAGGCCUGCGGGCUCCCCUCAGGAACGUGCCGAAGUAAGAAGACAUGGCCCAAGACGUUCCCCGAGGAGGAGCUGAGGAAGCGAUUGACCCCCAUGCAGUACCAUGUUACUCAGCAAAAGGGCACAGAGAGUGCUUUCACAGGAAAAUACACAGAUAACAAAGAGGAAGGAACCUACCACUGUGUUGUUUGCGGUGCCCCUCUUUUCACGUCUGCUAAGAAGUUUGACUCUGGAUCAGGAUGGCCGUCCUUUUUUGAUUUGAUCAAUAAGGACUCUGUAACAGUAACUGAUGACUUUUCGUACGGGAUGCACAGAGUGGAGACAACCUGCAGUCAGUGUGGUGCUCACCUGGGCCACCUUUUUGAUGAUGGACCUCGACCAACAAAGAAACGCUACUGCAUAAACUCCGCUUCUCUCAAUUUCCAGGCGAAAAACAGUGCCUCUGAGGAAGUGGAAGCAUCUGGAGCAGCAGGUCAAUCACCACCUUCUAGUAAGAAUGAAGAACUUUAAUAGGACUUGAAAUAGACCAAUCAGAUGUCACGCUACUCCAAAGUCACUCCUGAACCAUCAAUUCCAAAUCAAGUGAGCUGUGCAAUCAGACAGAUAUAUGCUUAGCAACAUUCAUCUGAAUCAUGGGUCCUUCAAGAUCACAAUAUGCAAUAUCAGUAUCCAGAUAACAGAUUAGAAUGGCCUUAUGUUUUCUCCUCAACUUCUUUACUUGAAUUUUGUGUCAUUUGAAGAGCUUACAUCGAUUCAAAGAAAUUUGCUCUGCUAAAAUGUUUUUUAACACUUGUUGGGAAUUUUCAAUUAGGGGCAAAAGUCUGAGACUACAUUGGAAAUCUGGUAUUUUUUUAUUUGUUUUCAUUCAAAUUCAAAUUUUUAAAGAUUGAUAAUUUUAAACAACUUUAAAACAAACAAACAAACAAAAAAAAACAGUGAUGGGGAAAAUGAAAAACACUGUUUCUAGGUCACUAAUCAAGUAAAUUUGUGUCAUCAGAGAGUCAGGUAUUCUGAAGCGCAAGAUGAUUUUUGAAUCAUACUCAAAUCAUGUUGCUUGCAAAAUUGCUGGUGUCAUUAAAACAAACAUUUUCUCAUAUUCUUGUUGAUUUUUUUUCAAUUCAGAUUUUUUUUCUGAUAAUAUAAUGUGUAAUGGAAAAGAAAAAUGCAUUUUCACUAGUGGUCUCUGACUUUUUGGACCCCAUUGUAUAUUGAAAGUCCAAUGAUUGGAAAUGAAUUGUAUAUGUAUACUUUCUCAGAGCGCUGUGUUGUUUUUGAAGUGACAUGUGAUACAGGGAGGUCAAGAAGUUUGAGGAAAAUGCUAUGCAAGUGCUCCUGUGAGCAGUAAAAUAAGCACCGAGAGGAGAACAAAGCAUUCUUUGAAAUAAAAUGGAACAGAUGACAAAUGUUUAGUCUGAACACAAAUGUAGCCUGACUUUUAAGGGUGCUUUUUUGGUCUCCCUGCUUGCAGUGCCUAUUUUUGUCCUGAGUUGUGAGGGUUUUUUUUCCUCCCUGAGAUAUUGAUUUACUUUGAUUGAUAGAAUUUAAUUAAUAUUGACCAGUGUGAUUAAAGAGAUAUUAAGAAUAA